GCACAAGUCAAGUUAUCUAUGGCAAUUUCCAUUAAAAUUACUCCUGGAGAAACAAAUAGAGUCGACCUGAAAAAAGUAGAGCGAGUACUUCGUGAAGAGAAACCAAUCCAAUACAGCACUCCUGAACCAUAUUCUACGAAAGAUAACCUUCUCCUUCCCAAAGGAUUAGAUGGUGUUGUAGCAAAAUACAGUAAAAUUAACAAGAAAUCUUCAAGGUCCACCCGUGACGACUACGAUAUGAACGAUGAUUUUAUUGACGACUCUGAAGCAGUGGAGUUGUUUGAAGAUGUAAAGGAAGAAUUGGAACAGGAUUUUUAUAUUUGUUCGGAAGAGCUGGAGGAACUUUUUGAAGAAGAAAGAAUUGAGCCUUCAAGUGCACGCGAGAGAAGUAAUUCUUUAGAAGACUCUUUCUCUGAACAUUCGCAGAUACCAACGAUUAUUGAAUACACUUACGAAGAAAUUUGUGAAAAGCUUGAGCCCAUUCCUGAGGCUGUCAAAAGUUGUAUUAUUAGUCUGAAGGAAGUUUUGGAAUCAAGUAAUUUGUCAAGACGUAGCUUUACUUCUACCUAUGUUGCCUCUUAUAUUAAGAAUCUUUUUGUGACUGGAGCUCAAUAUAGUCUUGCACAGAAAGCAAGCUUUGGCGAAAAUGGUGCUGUAAGAUGUUACUUGUCGAAGCAGCUUUGGAGUCAUAUCAAGGCACUUUUCAACUGUAAGGGCUUGAGUAAAUAUCGUUGCAGUAAGAAGAACUUUGAAGAAGAUGCAUUUUCUGUAUUUCAUAGUGAGUGGAAGCAUAUGGUGCGAAACGAAAAAGAGGAGAUACUUUCAGAUUUGAAACAUGCACUCAGACUUGCAACCGAUAGUCAUUUCGAACAAAGACCUUUGAAUGAUUCCGAGAAUGUGAAAGGUCAAGAUCAAGAUUCUUAUUUUUCAAUGAACUCACAUAAGAUCGACUCUGUUGAAACUCAGACACAAGGUUCAGAAGGUGCUGAAGAAGAUAUUUCGGCAUCGCCAGCUAGAAGAUGUAAAAGGAAAGCUGCUACUAUGGCAGCGGAAGAAAUUUCAAAUUUGGCAGUACACGGUUCUACGCAAUCACCUUUAAAAAAGAAGAAACUGCGAAUAGAGUGGUCAGAGAGCAUUGACAAACUUGUCUAUAAUUAUUUUGUGAAAAAAUUGGCCCAAAUUCGAUGUCGGGAUUUGGGAAAAUCAAAGAAGAAUGAGAGUGCGGAAAGUGCAACGGAACUGUUGAAUGCAGCAUUUUCAGAAUAUGAUGUCACUGAAAAAGAUCUUAUAGACGCGUAUCGCCGACACAAAGCAGAAAUCAAACGCUCACAACGACAGAAGAGUAAGGAAAAACGCGAAGAAAUUAAGCGAAGAAAGGAAUUAGCAGCGCAGAAGAAAUGGGAACGAGAGCAAAACCCAAACAAACAUCAAGCAGAGCAACCAAAAGUUUUCAGCAGCACGGAGUCAAAGGGGCUGAAUCAUAUCGAAGCAAUAAGAGAGCCAGAUGAUGUGAAAGACACUCUACAGAAUACGAUACCCAAGGUUCACGUCACUUCCGUAGAAAAGAAUGAGACAGUGGAUACACUUUCAAAUACUCAUAGUGCCGAAGCAACAUCAGUGGAUCGCAAUCGUAUGAAUAGCUCUGAAAAUGGCGUUGUGGGAGAAAGCACGCCUUUGCCUUGCAAUAAGACUCAUGGUGUCAAACCUAAACUGAUUUCGAAUUCCACACCGAAACCCUCUCAAGCCUCUGAGAAACCAAUGCAACCAAGCAAGGUCAAGUACAAAAAAUCGGAUUCAUCAAGGAAGACUUCGAAUGCAGGUUUAGGUCUUAAGAAGGAAGGAACAGGUAGUUCUCAUGUCAUGUCUAAGAAUGGGAAUGACGCCGAGUCCGAGUUCGUAGAAAAUGCUUGCGAAAUAUCACAAAAUUCGAAAUCAAAACCAAAGAAACAUCGUUCGAGGUUUCCUUCAACUGGUUUGAAUGAGAAGAUCUUUAAAAAGCUUGCAAGCAUUAGUGAAACCCCAAGUGUAGGGCAGAGACGAAUUCCUGCAGGUUUUGCUGCCGAAGUUGAAGCAGCUGUAGAAUAGUGCUGAAGGGUUUCUUGUUUCAUAAAUUCAUGAUGUUUGAGAACUUGCUAUUUUCAAGGGGCUGCGCGGCGUUUUUACUGUAAUUGCAUUCUUCUUCUUGUUUUAUUUCGCUAGUAAAGCUAUAGAUGUAUGAAAGAUAGGCAAGUCCAAAACAAAAUCGAAGUCUUAUUUUUUCGCAAGUACUACCGAAAUGGGGAGAGAGAGUAUUUGGCCAUAUACAGUCUUAAUACAUAUGAGUGUGAAUAAACAAAAGUUUUUCCACCUUCCACGAAAUGUAGGUGAGGAAUGUUGCAAGCAAACGAUAUUUCGGACUCUGAAAUAGGAGCAAAAAACUCCAAGUCUCGAUAAACGACGAAAAAGGAACCCUCUUCUCAAGAAAACACUCCACUAAAGCGAAGUUUUCCAAGGGAAACAAGAACAUAUCUUUCGAAGAACCAACUACCCAAAAGAUUUUUAUGGAGCAUCGGAAGUGUUUGCAAGGCUCCUUGCAUACUCUGUAUAUCACCUUAUUGCUGUGGUGUUCAAACUAUCUUUCUAGAUUCCAACUCCAAGAGCUUUGUACGUGUCUGUCCAUGAUUUCUCAAAGGGCGGCAACUGCUCCUCGAGCUGUCUAAUUCAUCAUAUGCUCGUUCGGAUUUCACUGAAAGCGUUGCUUCCAUGGCCAUUGUGAUUUUUUAUCAUAAAUUGUUUUUGGAGAAC